AUGAGGAAGCUCCUUCGCCUUCUCCCUUCCGCCCUCUCCCCCUUCUUUGACAACGUCUAUCGCGGGAGGGGGGUCGAGGUGGGGGGGAGAGGGGGAGUGGAUGGGAUCCGCUCAGCUCGAGCUGAGGGGGAGGGGAGGGGGACGGGCAGUAUCGUCCUCAUCGCCGCUCCUUCCACUCCUCUCGUCACACGCCACGCCAUGACUGAGCCCUCGGAGGCUCAUCGCCGCCUCUCAUCCGCGCAUCACCUCUGCCAGCACUGCUUCCGCUGGUCCUUCCAGCCCGUCUCGCCCCACCUGUUGACUGCCAUGGGUUCGCAUUCCCACGGCGCGGGUGUGCGGAGCCUCGUACUUGCUGCACUGGCUGCUCUCAUGCUCUCAGGGUUGCCGCCAUUCGCCAUUCGCACGGCCUGCUGA